AUGGUUUCUCUUUCUUGCCUGAUCAGCUAUGGUGAAUGCCUCCUCGAAACAGUGCAAACCCAUCCGUGGUCAACUAUUGGCGUUGUUGUCUUCCUUUCGAGUGUAAAAAAUGCACCGCUGAUGUGGCAUGCGCGCCUGAUUAUAGCCGUUUUCUACCAUUCUGUUACAAGGAAGAACGACGUCGUUACUAUUGAAAGGUACGGACGGCAGGGCCUAUUCGGCUAUAUCGUGACGAGCUCGCGCAGCCCGCUCUACGAGUGCGACAUCAACGGCCACAAGUCCGACAGCACGUAUUUCAGCGACCUCGACAUCAACCGCAUCCAUCUCAUUACGAGGCUGUUCAAAGGCGCGGGAGAUCUGUCACUGCGACCUGACCGACCGAAUGUUGCCCCAGAGGAUCGGCCCAAGAAGAUGCGAGUCCUACUCGGUGGAACAUGCUGCAGCUUCCGAAGGGAAAUCAAGCCGUAUGCGGCGUACGAGAUCCACUCUAGAGUAUUAGCCUGGGACGAGAAGUGGCUAUACGUGGUGAGCUAUUUUGUCAAGCCGGGAAGCGCACGGAAAAUGGCCUCGUUGCAGACCGAGGUCGGUGACAAGUGUGAGAUGACGGAUUUAGCCAGAAGCAUGGUGUUCACCUCCGCUAUUACCAAGUUUGUCUUCAAGGAUGGGCGGAAGACUGUUCGUCCAGCGGAUGCGCUUGAGGAGAUGGGCCUUCUUUCUGCAUCCGAAGAAGUAGUAGAGACCUCCGAGGCAGGGGAAGACCUGUGGACGAGGAGUCGGGUGGAGGAGCGGCGGAAAACUGGGAUAAAGAUUGCGCAGCAUUUCAUAGCGCUGGAUGAGUUGCAUGACCAGUUUGAGCACGUAUCAGAGCACCCUUUCCUUGGGAAGUUCGGUGUUUUGGGAACGAUGUUUUGA